GUCGAGCACGACAAGCAGCCAAAGACGUGGACUGGGACCGCAUCGAGAAAGAUGAUGGAGCUGCGGAGCUACUACGACAUGGUCGAGCGAAGCUUGGAGCCCAGCCCAUCCAGGAUGCAGGCAAGUACCUCGCGAGAUGGAUAUUCGACUUACGCCGAGAUACUGGAGAGCCGAUGCGGAGUUAUAUCAGCAGAGACGACGAGGCCUACCACGACGUUGUGAAAGGGUUUGACACCGAGUAUUUCAAGAAGCGACGUACGGCCCGCCUCUCUGAGAUAUCCAAGUUGUGGAACACCCUCUGCAGUGAGCUGAAGUGGAUUCUUUACAAGAUCGAGCAUGAGGGCCCGGACGAUGCUGCAAAAGUAGCGAAGGACCUCAACUGGCGUCUCUGGAAUUUCGUCAGCAACGGCCUGGAGGAGAUACCCGAGCAUCCAGAUUUCGGUACCGACUUCAAUCAGGCGAUUCCUCUGGACCAACUGCGCGGAUGGCUACUGCUGCAGAGAUCAAGAUUGCCCCCGACCGAACGUGCAGCAGUGAUCAGCGCAGUCAAGGGCAACUUCGACUACGACAGCAUCGGAGAACAGUUGCGAGUAUCUUGGCCCGACGAUGAGUUGACGAAUCGCGACAAGAAGCAAGGCAAGGACAACCAUCGCCAUCGAGAGCGAGGUCGAAUCCAUGCCGGCUGGGAGGAGAACAGCGAGGACGAUGACGACUACAGCUACUACGAUGGAGAGCAGUCGGAGGUCUCCUACGAGGAUGGCGACGGCGACGAGGACGAAGGAGAUCCCGAGGAGCCGCUCUACAGUGCCCAGGAGAUCGAGGACGCCGAGACCGCGUUCGCCGCCCAGCAGCGCAGCUUCGAGGUCGCGGAGGACAGCGCAAGUUUCAAGGGCCCCGGGCUGGAUCCCGAGACUCUGGAUCAUCGAGUAAAGGACGAGGCCGAGGGAGCGGACAGCGACGUGAUGGACCGCCUCGACGAGAUGGAGAUCGCUCCCAAGGACGCCGAGAUGGAGGCCAACCUUAUUGCGAACGAGACGACCCGCAUCGAGCUGGAGACUGCGAUGCUCCACAAGCCGGUGAUCAAGAACAAGCCGAAGCAGGAGAAGAGGCAGCUCGACAAGACACAGCAUCUUCAGGUGGAGAAGACCAUCGAGAUGCGGGAGCGAGUUCAACACGUCAAGCUGCCGACCUGGCCAACACUGGAGAAGCUCGACGACUGGAUCCUCAUGAAUGUGAAGCAGAGCUCCUCCAAGGGUGUCGGAAUCUUGGACAUCGGCGCAACCUCCAGCAUCGUGGGCAUAGAGGCCACCGAGAACCUACGCGACAUCAUUUACGAGCAGACGGGCCAGAACAUCAAGAUGGACGUUAGCCAGGAGAGUACUUUUAUCUUUGGAGACGGCAACUCCAAUACCUGCACCGGCAAGGCUACCUUUCCUCUCACGAUUGCUGGUGUGGACGGCGAGCUCGAGAUUACCAUCGUCGACGCAGAUGCCCCGCUCUUGAUCGGAGUGGAUGUUCUGAGCCGCCUUGGAGCUGUGAUCGACUGCGAGGCACACUCUGUUUACUUCAAGAAGCUCGGACGCCGAAGCUCCGAUUUCGGCAACCAGCUAUUCUUCCAUAUUCGCAUGAGCCUCAACCGCGAGACGAAAUGCCGCAAAGGAGAGAGCCAGCAAGUGAAGCUGGAGAACGAGGAGAUGGACGGACCCUGGGAGCAGGUGGACGUUCGGGUGCCUCUGGAGGACUCGGGAGCCUCGGCGACGUGCCGCUCACCGACGUCGACGAGGCCUACGCUACAACGGAUACUGCCGCAGGGGCGACUGAUCGCUCAUCAGGACACGAAGGGCAACAUCUUCUACACGGUCGAGGGCUCGGAGCUGGACAACAGCACGAAGCGGAUGACGGACAUCUUCCUACUGGAGCACCUGCCGAAUUGGGAGAUGUGCUGGACAGUCUCGGCCUACCUGUGCAGCUGCUACCAGAAGUACCCGACCUGGCCGACGGACCUCGAGCACCGUACGAAGAUCGAGCCGUGUCCGCCGAGCACGAAGGCGAAGCAGCGCCCCCAGAAGUCGACAGCCGCGGCCGCGCGCGAGCAGAACCAAGAGCUGCGGGCCACCAUCGAUACCGCCAAGUCCGAUUUCUUGACCAAGUUUGCGGAGGUGAAUGCGUUUGCAGCGCUGAGCUCAGAGCAGAUACACGAGCAGCUCAGCAUGGUCACGCUGGGCAACCAUCUCAGGCCCCUGUGCAAGAUGUGGGGGUUGACCCAGUCGGGCAAGAAGGAGGAGGUGGUCGACAAUAUCAUAGCGUACAUCAUCGAGCAGCGCGGCACGGCGGCAGCGACGAUCACGAUCAAGGUGGAGACCGAGACGAAGAGAGUGGAGACGGCGCCUACGACUAUGGGCCCGGCGAUCCCAGCUCACUACACGCAGAUGUGCCAGCGCCCGGACUGCAAACUAUGCCGAGGCAUCGCGAAGAACGAGCCGAUCGUGAAAGUGAGGUCGCGCUGGCACAGCGACGAGAGCCGGCCGCUGAGAGGUCAUCAGCGUCAGGCGAUCCGUGCAGCUACUCACAUGACGAGAUCGGCCAUCUUCGGAGCUAUGUGCGCCCUCACGACCUUCGGCCGCCUGACGAUGGUCGAAGCGUGCACCCACGAGGACUCGAACCUCGGUAAGGUGUGCGACGAGAAGGGCUACCACUACGAGCGUCUCGGCCUGUUCAACGAGAACGACCUCAGCAAGCCGCAGGGUUACCACAAGGCGAAGUUCUUGCUGGACGAGAAGCGCCCGGAGCUCUUCGUCAGCACUCCACCCUGCGGGCCCUGGUCGAUAAUGCAGAACGUCAACCAGCGCGAUGACAGGCAGAGGGAGAACCUUCGCAGGAAGCGCCUCAAGAGCCAGCGGACCUUCGAGAACAACAAGAGGCUCAUAGAGCACCAGGUGCGCAACUUGAACGGCUCGGCCCUCGCCGAGCAGCCACACGACAGUCGGUCGUGGCAGAAGACCUGCUGGAAGGAUCUCCACAAGAUCCUCCCCUACGAGGUGAUCGUGGACGGCUGCGCCUGCGGACUAAGAGCUCCCGACAUAGGCGAGCUCAUGAAGAAGCGCUGGAAGUUUCUGACGAACGACAAGAGGAUCUGGGUCGCCCUACAGCCGCUACAAUGCCGUGGAGGACACUACCACGAGGAGAUUGAGAGCAGCUUGAGGACCGAGGCUUCGGGCUACUACCCCAAGAUGCGGUGCCGCCAGAUCCUCCGGGCUCUGACCAAGAGCCAGAACCAGAACUACUUCGAGGACGAGGUUGUGAACUGCCUCUGCAUGGCAGCUACCCAGCAGCCACCGACGGAGCCUACGCCCGUGGAGGACGAGCCGUCGAUUCCACCACAAGACGGCAAGGUGCUACGACUGGCCAGGACAUUCAAGUGCGACAUCUGCGACGCGCACCGUCCACCGACGAAGCGGCCACCAGCAUCAUCAGCAGAGCAGCCUCAGAACGGUCACGAGGUUCUCUUCGACGCCUUCUCAUGGAUCCGUCGCAGCAAGAAGACGAACGUGAUGGCGCUGGCGAUCCUCGACGCCGGCUCAGACAUCCUCUACGUGCGGCUGAUCGACGAGAAACACAGAUCCCGGGUACGACAAGUUCGUGCCGGCGACCUUCGGCAUAUCUUUGCGACAAAGUGGUUCCCCUGGAUGGGACGUCCGAAGGUCAUGCGCUACGACCCCGCUGGCAGCGCCAUCUCUAACGAGUUCCGCGAGUGGAUCGAGAGCCAGGGAGUCUACCGUCUUCCAUGCGCGGCCGACGCCCACUGGCAGAUCGGCAAGAUUGAGCGCGCGAUAAAAGCCUUCAAGGAGGCCCUCGACGCUUUCGACGAGAUGGUCUCAGCUGAAGUACCUACCAGCGAGAUGAUUGGACUCCAGACAGCUGCCAGGAACGACCUGAUCAGGAUCGACGGGUUCAGCCCCCUGCAGCGCUAUGCGGGACGGACCCCGACGGGGACCACGGUCAACCUGUCCGACGAGCCGAACAACCUGCCCCUCAUCAGCGCCGAGCUGCAGGAUGGCACCUUCAGCAGGGACGCCCAAGUUCGGCGAAUGGCGCGGCUGGCUCACAUCCAGACCGAGAACUCCGACCGAGUCAAACGGGCGGAGGCCGCGCGCUUCAGGUCUUUCAAGAGGUACGAGACGGGCGACCUGGUCUUCGUCUACAGGAGGCUCCCACCAGGAGCCUGGAUCAAGAAGGGCCAACCUCGCUCCAUGCCUGGGCGAGGCCGCUGGUACAGACCUGGACGAGUACUCUGCCACGAGCCAUCGAGCUCGGGACAUCGACCUGGUCUACCUGGGACGGUGGUCAACAUCACACUGGCUGGACGCCUCUACCGAGUUGCCCCAGAACAGCUUCGACCUGCUACGCCCUCCGAAGAGGCGAUGGACUCUCUACGCUCGCGUCGCGAGCAGCCGGGGACGUGGACCUUCGGCGACGUCCAGAAGCUGCUCGACCAGAACGAGGUGAUCGACCUUUCGAACGAGUCCCCGCCUACUGGCGAGGACCUUGCCGCUGACGACGGCGAGUCUGUCAGCGCUCGCACCUUCGGGGGCAACGCGAGCGGACCCUGGGCCAUUCCUGAGGACGAGGAAGCCGAGCUACCUGCAGAAGAGGAGAUCGUCAUGGAGGCCUCUCCCGACGACGACCAAGCGGAGCGUACGUCUCAGCAGCCCAUUGCGGUGGACACGGACGACGACCUCGACGAGACUACGGCGCCCGACGUGAACGACAAGCGCCGGCUGAAGUCGCCUGGCUCAACCGAGCCACCUGCCAAGAAGCAGCGGAUCAACGUUGCGACCCAGGAGGCUUUCUCCUACUACCUGCAGGAGGGUAACUUCUACGGGGACUACGCCUACAGCGUCCAGCAGUACGACGAGACGAAGGAGGACGACGAGCUCAUCGUGCUGGACAUCCCCGUCAGCAACGAGCACGCGCUCAUGGCCCGGAAGGGCCGCGUGGAGGUCUCCUUCAAGAAGGCGACGCCUGAGGAAAAGAAGUUGCUACUUGAGGCCCAGCAGAAGGAGUGCACCUCCGUCCUUAGCACGAAGGCCGUCAGGAUCCUCAGCCGCAAGGGGAUCGACCCGGCGCGCCUGUUGCGCUGCCGCUUCGUGCUGACCUGGAAGAAGGACGAGCAGGGCAACGUGCGCCGAGGCAAGGCCCGACUGGCCGUGCUUGGCUUCAGCGACCCCGAUCUGCUACACCUACGGACAGAAUCACCAGUUGCCUCAAGACGUGCACGACAACUUCUACUGGCCAUGGCAGCAAGACACAAGUGGAAGCUGGAGAAGGCAGACGCAGUGACAGCCUUCCUCCAGGGCAAGACUGACGAGGAGAAGAGGAAGAUCUACGCCGACCCGCCGAAAGAUGUUCGUCAGGCCUUCGGCAUGAAAGAUGACGAUGUACUGCAGUUCCUCAAGCCGAUGUACGGGUUCGUACAUGCUCCUCGCAAGUGGUGGCUCCAUUUCAAGGACACGCUCAAGACGCUGAAGCUGGAGAUCGAGCCUUGCGUCUGGGUCAUCCGAGACGGCAACAAGCUGGUUGGCAUGGUCAUCCUACACGUCGACGAUAUGAUGAUUGCCGGCGAUCACAACAACUCGGCCUUUCGCAAGAAGCGUCAGGAGAUUCAACAAGCUUUCGAAUGGACACCCUGGGAGAGCCGAGCGUUCGUGCAGUGCGGCAUCAGCAUUCGACAGAACGAGGAUUACACCUGCAGCCUCGCACAGGACAGCUACAGCCUGAACGUGGAGCCCAUCAAGAUACGACGUGGACGGAAACCCACAGAAGGAGUUUCAGACAAGGAGAGAUCAGACCUACGAGGCCGACUGGGUACAGUCGGAUGGCGAGCUCAGCAGUCGGCCCCGUGGCUCAGCGUAGAAGUCUCUCUACUUCAAGCGGAGAUACCUACGGCCACGGUCUCAACCAUCCAGAAGAUCAACAAACUUAUCCGCACCAUGAAUGACACCGCCGACGUGGUCAUGCUCAUCCCGGCCAUUGAGCAGAUCGCCGUGGUUGGCUGGGGCGAUGCAGCCUGGGCCGCCCGCAUCACCGGCGAGUCCCAAGGCGGAGAAAUCGUUGUUCUGGCCCCCCUGUCCUUCCUGAGUGGCUCGACAGAGACGGUUGCGCCUAUCUCGUGGAGAUCGUGCAAGCUACCAAGAGUGGCCAGAAGCAGUACGAGUGCGGAGGUCCAGAUGAUGACUGAGACCCUGGACGAGAUCAGUUACGUGCGCCUAUUCAUCUACGAGCUGGAGUGCGGUCAAGUGGACUACACCAACAAGCAGCACGUGAACGACGCCGUCUCAUCCUGCCCUGGCGUACUUGUCACAGACGGUAAGUCGGGCUACGACGCGAUCGAGAAGAGUGAGUCAGCUGGUCUCGGACUACGUGACAAGCGGACGAGCAUCGAGUGCCUGGGCAUUCGACAGCAGAAGGAGCAGACGGCCCUCCAGAUACGCUGGGUACACAGCGACGCCAUGUUAGCCGACGGGUUGAACAAGGAUCGUGCCGCCAAGGUCUUGCUGGAGUUCUUCAGAUCAGGCCAACGCUGGAGACUCGUGGACGACCCCCUUCACCGCAGCGUCCGGAAGCGCAAGACCGAGGGUAUGGACAAGCUCGACCAUGGCAAGCCGAUAUCGGACGAAGACGAGAACGCAAUGCUGGAGGCCCUGAUCUACUACGCCCGCGACAACCCCGACGAGCAGGAGAGCCCUGCUGGAGAUACAGCCCUGUGGGGCAUGGUGAAGCCGCUCACGCGCUCUGUGCUUUCUGUGAAUUCAGUUGCCAGAG